GGUGAGGCAUUGGGUUACGAGUCCCCGUCGAGGUUAGUCCUACAGUCCUACAGUCAGUACAGAGUCUCUAUUACGCCGUCCGUCACCUUUAAAACUGGACCAAACUUUAAUUCAAGAUGUGCUCCGUCGUCGGAUGUGAUUCGGGGCGUCGCAACGUGCAACGCUUCAAGUUACCGGAGGACCCAGAGAUGAGACUGGAGUGGGUCCAGUUCCUGUUCGAAGUCAAUGGACAACGACUCAAAGAGUCGUCCUGGACUGAUAUCACCAUUUGUAGCGAACACUUCGCUGACGGUUGUUUUGUAAACGUGACUGGCACAGUGCUGCUCAGGUCUGGUGCCGUCCCGUCACUGUGUGUCAAGUCAGAGCCAGAGGAAGUCAAGUCAGAGGAAGUCGAGCCUUCUCAGGAGCCUGUGGAAACCAUAGAUGUUGCCUGUCAGUGUGAUCCAGUUGAAACAUGUGAUAGUCCGUCUUCCUGUUCUGAGGAAUCAGAAGUAAAUCCAGUGGCUGCCCAAGAAAGCCCAGUGCCACAUGACGCUACAGAUGCUUUCGUGUCUGAUUACAGUCAAAUGCUUCAGAAGGUUGUGAACAUUGAUAUAAUCAGGGAAAAAGCUGCACUUCUACAAAUGAAAGGAAAAUACGUUGUGAACGAAAACCGACUCCUCCAGUUGUUCAGCCCCAAGUGCCCGUUGUGUCACUCUCAGGUUAAGAUGGAGAAGUUCACCUAUGGGCUGAUCAUCAUCUUGAACCAACAGUGCCUUCAGUGUGAGUACAGAAACCAAUGGAAAAGCCAAGUCAAUGCCAGUGUCCCCACAGCUUCAGAUCAGCACCUGACAGAAGGCGUAGCUGUAACUCCAGAGACCCCACAGACUGUGUCAACAGAUGACAACAACAGCAGUAUCACAGGAGUCCCUGAGUUGGUUGCUGAUAUCAAUGAUGAGAGUGAUCCCAUGACUAAAUCAAAGGAAUCAAGCGAUGGAGGUGAUACAGAUUCAGAUGAGGAUUGGAGUCCAGUGAAUGAAUUUUUACUUCAUAACAAGCUUCACAAUGAUGACUCUGAUGAGGAAAGUGAAAAUGGUGAUGAUGAUCCAGAUCCACUUGUUUCCAGACACAGCCAGCUCUGCACAGAUUGUGGAAAGUUUUACAAUAAGUGGAAGCCUCACACGUGUGUGCACAAAAUUAAACCCUAUUCUUGCAAUAUUUGUGGCAAGAGGUGUGUUAGUGAGGUGUCCUUAAAUUCUCACAGCAAAGUCCACGAUGAAAACUAUGAGCAUCCGUGCCAAUACUGCCAUGUUGCGUUCAAAACAAAGGUGGACAAAAUCAAUCACGAACAGACCCACUUAAAUCAAGAAAAGCCCUACAAAUGUCCUGACUGCUCAGAGGCAUAUGCCAUGAAUAAGGAACGUGUUGUCCACCUGGAGGAUCAUAGAGGCCCCCGGCAGUAUAAAUGUAACAUCUGUAGGAUCACGUUGUACUGUUUCACGUCUCUCCAGAGACACAUGGCUGUGCACACUGGAGUGAAGCCGUUCAAGUGUUCAGUGUGCCAACGGGGCUUCAACCAAGCAAGCCACCUGAAGUCCCACAUGCGUCUGCACACAGGGGAGAGGCCUUAUAAGUGUCAGCAUUGUGACAAAUGCUUCAAUCACAACGUGAGCUUGAAGAGUCACGUCCAGCGAUACCACACACCCAGUUCUGGACAAGAACGGAAGAAGGUGCGGUUACCAACACGAACUGCGAGUCAAAAGUAUGGCGUGUAUACAGGAGCAGCUGGAGACUCUGCAACUUCUUUUUCUAUGUUACGAUUUUUGAACUUGCUUAAGAAAUCAGAUUUGAAAGUGGGUUUCCCACAGAGGAACUCGAAAUGCCCACCAAAUGUCAUCAGUGAAACAAAUAGGAAUCCACCUGGGCCAAAUGACAUUUCUUGCUUGCGUUUCCUAGGCAACGUUAGGUUGUUUAUUGAAAUGCACUUAGUCUGUGGGCAGUUCUCCUGUCUCUGCUCUCUCUGUGUGUGAAUAUCCAUAAUUUGUUUUCAGUCUCAGUGUGUAGUUAUUAAGUGUUUGACCUCUUUAAAGUUGAUGUCUAAUCAAGUGUAAUAUUCUCUUCAUUUCAUACUUAGAGCUAACAACAGCCUACUUAAAGAUUCAGUUCACCCCAAAAUCAAUACUUAUUUUUAUUUCUGUUUUUUCCCCUUACCUGUUAUGCUGCGCUCUGUAGGAAUAGUUUGACGUUUUGGGAAACGUGCUUAUUCACUUUCCUGCUGAGAGGUGAAUGCACAGACUCCACUCUCAUGUCUGUAUGGUGGUUAUGAAGCUGGAGCCAACAGCUAGUUAGCUUACCUUAGCUUAGCAUAAAGACUGGAAACUGAACAGUUAGCCUGGCUGUGUCAAAAGUUAAAAAAAUCUGCCUACCAGCACCUGUAGAAGCUCACUCAUUUCUUAUCUUCGUUAUAUGUUGUUUAUUUAAUCUGCAGAAGAAAGACAAUUUAAGUGGGUUUGUAGGUGGAACUGAUCGUGAGUGAUGGAUUCUGUUUAGACUAUCAAGGAAUAUCUUUGCAAAAUAUGUGAGACAGAAAUAUUUUUCAUACCAUGGGAUUCCUAAACAAUCUAGGUGCACACGCCUCCCUUUAAAGGAACAGUUUGACAUUUUUGGAAGACAUGCUUAUUCAGGAUGGUUUAAUAUGUAGCAGGAACCUGCAGCAUAAGGAAACUUGGGUACUCACUGAAAAAUUUUGUUUAAAUUUGGACAGAGCUGGCCAAGCUGUUUCCCCUUUUCUGCUGGGUGUAGCUUAAUAUGUAAUGUGCAAAUAUCAGUGGUGUCAGUCUUCUCAUCUCACUCUUGAGAGGAAAGCGAAUGUAUGUAGAUGUAUUUCCCCAAAUGUCAAACUUUAAUGGAAAUUAUCCACCUGCACUUUUUAAAGAUCCCACAAUAAGACAAAUGUUCUGCUGUCUAUCUUUAAAGUAAAAAGGGAAGAUAUUCGUUUGUGUAGCUCCUGUGUAAAGUUUCACUGCAGUAGUUUUCAUUGUCAUUCGCAGGUUGAGAAUGGCUUCCUCUGCCGCUGACUUUCAGAGGGAAGACAGAGUGCUUGUCAAACAGUAUUUAUCAAUCACACAGCAUUCGUAUUCUGUUAUUUACCAUACCUCCCCCUCCUCCUUCACUCCCUAUCUGUGUAAAAUUACCCCCAUCAUCAACGCAAUCACUUGUCCCCUGCUAUCCAGCCUGGUUGACUGGCAAGUGUUAGUUUGCACCCCCUGUCACAGUGCGGCAUCAUCAAUCCAAAACAGCAGGGACUGAGUAGUAUGUCAAAGAUGUCAAGCAAGUUUUCUCCGUGAGUUGGGAGAUAUGUUAGAUCUUAGUCAGAGAUGAGCAUAAAUUUGAUAGGAGAGGGGCCCAGAAAAUCCAUACUUGUGUCAGUUUUGAAUUUAAAUCCACAGGCGAAAGCUACAGUCUGAGACCUCAUAGCAUGUCAGCUGUGUUUUUACAGCAGAGAUACACACACAUAAAUGUAUAUGCACGGAUUUGUUUUUGUUAAUGAAUGAAGUUGAAGUGUUUUUAGAACAAAGCACACAGACUAAGCACUUAAAAGACCGUAGCAAGCAGUAUUGAUAGCAAGUAGCAGUCGGAUCUAUCCACGAGUAUGUAAUUUUAAGACUUGUUACUGCAACUGAGAGAUUUAAUGAGACAGAGAUGCUGUUAUGAGUUUAAUGUUUAUGGUAAGCCAAUGAGCUGCGUAUUUGAAGUUCAUAUGGACCGCUGAACAGUCAAUGUUAUUGGUCUACAAAUUCCCAGCAUAAAAUGAAAGCAGCAGAAAAGGGGAAACAAUGAAUGCGUCGACACCUGGCAGAUAACAUCAGCAUACAGGAUCUCCAGCAUAUUGCAUUCAUGGAGCAUCCCUCCGGCUGUUGCUCUUCUUGUCAGGGACGGGGAAAUACAGACGGGGAAAUCCAGUGAUGGAGAAAAUAUGCUGCAUGAGAAUUAUUUUGUGACAUAAUCACAUCAUAAAAAUAUUUUGCACCCAGUGGCUUGCAUAGUAAUGCACUACAAAUGAAACAGAGAAAAAGACAGCAAAAGAUUUGAGUUAAAACUCGUGUCCAAUACACUGUGCUAAGGUGAAUAAUGAUGGCAAAACUGCAGAGGUAUCUGUCAUAAACCACAUUCUCUGUAUUGUAUUAUUUCAAAUGUGUCACUUAUUAAAAGUGUGGUGAGUUGCAGUAAAAGAAAAAAAAAAACAGUCCCCUCCUUCACCCCUCCUUUUUAUACAGUUUUUAGUACCACAAAAUGUGAGAAAUUGGGUGCAAAACAGCUAAAAU